AUGAUAGUGUCUCUGACGCCGGAGCGGGAGCGGGAGACGUGGGCCAAGAAGGCGGAGUUCCUGCUCGCAGUCGUCGGCUUCGCGGUCGACCUGGGCAACGUCUGGCGGUUCCCGUACAUCUGCUAUCAGAAUGGCGGCGGUGCCUUCCUGAUCCCCUACUGCGUGAUGCUGCUGUUCGGCGGGCUGCCCUUGUUCUUCAUGGAGCUGGCGCUGGGACAGUACCACCGCUGCGGCUGCCUGACGCUGUGGAAGAGGAUCUGUCCGGCUCUGAAAGGCGUCGGCUACGCCAUCUGCAUGAUCGACAUCUACAUGGGCAUGUACUACAACACCAUCAUCGGCUGGGCGGUGUACUAUCUGAUCGCGUCCCUCGCCUCCAUCAACUCCGUGCUGCCGUGGACCAGCUGCGACAACGAGUGGAACACCCCCCUCUGUACCCCUGUCACGGAACGACAGAUCCAUGCCAAUGCUUCUACACCGGCUAAGGAGUUCUUCGAACGUAAUGUCCUAGAGCAACAUAGGUCGAACGGGCUGUCUGACAUGGGGCCCAUCAAACCAUCCUUAGCCUUGUGCGUCGUUGGAGUUUUCGUCCUCGUCUACUUCUCUCUUUGGAAGGGUGUCAGGAGCACCGGCAAGGUGGUAUGGGUGACGGCUCUUGCGCCAUAUGCGGUCUUAUUGAUUCUUCUUGCGAGGGGUGUCACGUUACCAGGAGCAACUGAAGGCAUCAGAUACUAUCUAACACCAGAGUGGCACAAACUUCUGAACUCCAAGGUAUGGAUAGACGCAGCUUCCCAAAUCUUCUUCUCGUUGGGUCCCGGGUUCGGAACCCUUCUAGCGCUGUCGAGCUAUAACAAGUUUAACAACAACUGCUACCGAGACGCCCUCAUUACCUCUUCCAUCAACUGCCUCACCAGUUUUCUAGCUGGAUUCGUCAUUUUCUCCGUUUUAGGUUACAUGGCGCACGUCCAAAACAAGAGCAUCGAAGAGGUCGGCCUCGAAGGACCAGGGCUGGUGUUCAUCGUGUACCCAGAAGCCAUCGCCACCAUGACCGGGUCCGUGUUCUGGGCCAUCAUCUUCUUCCUCAUGCUCAUAACCCUUGGACUGGACAGCACUUUCGGUGGACUAGAAGCAGUGACGACAGCGCUGUGUGACGAAUACCCGCGGAUACUAGGCCGGCACCGGGAGCUGUUCGUGGCAGGGCUCUGUCUCUUCAUCUACAUCUGUGCUCUACCCACCACUACCUACGGCGGGGUAUACCUGGUGGACUUCCUGAACGUGUACGGGCCGGGGCUGGCGAUUCUCUUCGUGGUGUUCGCGGAGGCGGCCGGGGUCUGCUGGGUGUAUGGGGUCGACCGCUUCUCAGCUGAUGUCAAGAGCAUGCUGGGUCACUCCCCGGGGUGGUUCUGGCGCGCUUGCUGGUCUUACAUCAGCCCAGUAUUCCUGCUGGUCCUCUUCGUGUUCUCCCUACUGUCCCACGAGGAUAUGCUCGGCGCCGGAGACUACGUGUACCCGCAGUGGUCCAUCACCGUCGGCUGGAUCAUGACCGGCACCACCGUGUCCUGCAUACCGCUCUACAUUGUCUACAAGUUCCUCAUCACGCCUGGCAGCUUUAUGGAGAGAAUAAGAACAAUCAAACGCCCGGAGGUGACGUCGAUACCGCCGGUGGAUACCACUCUCUGCAGCCUGUGACCUACCAGCGUCCAUGGGUACACCACCACUCCUCGGGAGACCAAGCCACCAGCCAUCGAAUGGCUGGUUUAGUUCGAACAUCCAGUAGCGGAUCUUGAGAUGGAUAAAUAUAGAUUUGAUUCUCCUAUCUAGGAAA